CCCGCCGGUCACGUGGUGUGGGUCAGCUGAUGAAGCCACUUCCGGGUUGUUGCUCCGUGUUUUGUUUUGCUGCGGCUCGACUGGCUUUCUGCGGAGGAACUCGAGUCCACCAUGAGCGCCUCAGACAGUGACGAGGACUCGUACAACGAGAGGACGGCGCUGGUCCCGUCUGAGAACCCGGAGGUCCCGUCCUACAAACCGGACCCAGACCUCCACCUCUCCGCCGCCCCCCCGUCCAAAAGGUCUGGGGUCAGCAGGAGGGCGGCUCCGGACCAGGAGGAGGACCGGGACCCGGACCAGGACCCGGACCAGGACCCGGACGAGGAGGAGCUGAAGUACGGAGCCAAACACGUCAUCAUGCUCUUCGUGCCCGUGACGCUGUGCAUGGCGGUGGUGGUGGCCUCCAUCAAGUCGGUGGGCUUCUAUACGGAGAAGACCGACCAGCAGCUGAUCUACACGCCGUUCACGGAGAACACGGCGUCCGUGGGCCGCCGGCUGCUGAACUCCGUCCUCAACACCAUCAUCAUGAUCAGCGUCAUCGUGGUCAUGACCGUGUUCCUGGUCGUGCUCUACAAGUACCGCUGCUACAAGUUCAUCCACGGCUGGCUCAUCCUGUCCUCCCUCAUGCUGCUCUUCUCCUUCAGCUCCAUGUACCUGGGCGAAGUGUUUAAGACCUACAACCUGGCGGUGGACUACCCGACGGUCGGGGUGCUUAUCUGGAACUUCGGGGCCGUGGGGAUGGUCUGCAUCCACUGGAAGGGGCCCCUGCAGCUGCAGCAGGCCUACCUCAUCCUCAUCAGCGCCCUCAUGGCCCUCGUCUUCAUCAAGUACCUGCCCGAGUGGUCGGCCUGGCUCAUCCUGGGAGCCAUCUCCGUCUACGACCUGGUGGCGGUGCUGUCCCCUAAGGGCCCCCUCAGGAUGCUGGUGGAGACGGCUCAGGAGCGCAACGAGCCCAUCUUCCCGGCCCUCAUCUACUCCUCCGCCAUGAUGUGGACGGUGGGGAUGGCGAGCCCGGCGGGCGCUCGGCGCUCCGGACAGGAAGCAGACGAGGAGGCGGAGCAGAGCAGCCGGGGGGCGGAGCCUCAGAAUCCACCGUCCCGGUCGUGUCAGGAAGACGACCUGGAGGAGGACCGAGGGGUGAAGCUCGGCCUCGGGGACUUCAUCUUCUACAGCGUGCUGGUGGGCAAAGCUGCAGCGACGGGAGGAGACUGGAACACCACGCUGGCCUGCUUCGUCUCCAUCCUCAUCGGCCUGUGCCUGACGCUGCUGCUGCUGGCCAUCUUUAAGAAGGCUCUUCCGGCGCUGCCCAUCUCCAUCGCCUUCGGCUUGGUCUUCUACUUCUCCACCGACUUCCUGGUUCAGCCCUUCAUGAACAACCUGGCCGACCAGCAGUUCUACAUCUGAGGGGAAGCCCCGCCCACAUCGCCCGUCUGCUCGUCUUCAUCGCCGUUAUCCUGUUGUAGACGUCGGGAUCCUACAGGAAGUGACAUUGUGCAGACGAGCUGGUGGUGGCAGGUCACCCGCUCAGGUGAUCCGCGACGGCUGCGUGUGAUAGGCCGAUGCUCCCGCCAGUCAACUCGCACCCUGUAAAGCUUCUCUGUCCUGAUUGGUUCUCGCAGCAGGCUGUGCAUCAUGUGACCUGACACUGGUGCAGCUGUUGCACUUCAAUGCUGAUUGGUCUGAUUUAUACAAUAAACAUGUGAUCAAUA